CGCGCCUCGAUGAUCGCCGAUGGAUGGAGGCCGCUGACGACGGGCUACGGCGCCGCGAACGGAGCAUCCGCGGGGAGUUCCGAGAGAAACGGAGUCCAUCCCGUGCUGGAUGAGGUCGAGGACCGCCUGGCCAGCUCCGAGAAGCAGAAGCCUCGGACAAAGGUGCAGAGUCAGGAUUACGCGCCUCCCAGCAUCCUGGGAAGCUUCAGCGUCUUUGGACACGCCGCGACGAAAGCGCGCGUCAAGUCGAAGGAUCACAUUAAGCACGUUCCCUCGGAGACGAGGGAAUACUCGUUCCUGAUACCUCCACCUCGAGACGCGUUCCGUUUCGACGUCGACCCGCAGAGAAAAUCGGUUUUGCGAAACCAGGAAAUCUUCCCGAGGCAGCCGACCUACGUCCCGCAGGCCCAUCAGCAGGACGUCAGGAAUCAACCGUUCGUUCCUCAGAGCCAUCACGCGGACAUCAGGAACCGGCAGCAGUACCUCUCCCAGGCCCACCAGGAGGAUUUGAGAAACCAGUACAUUCCUCAAGCUCACCAGACGGACGUUAGGAACCAGCCCUUCGUCUCGAAGGGUCCGGUUUUUUCGUCCACCCCGCAUCCGCAGAUUUUCUCGAAAACCAGGCCCGGGCCCACCGGUUUCGGGGGUCAGGAGAUCUAUCAGCCGACGAGGCAUCAGAUCGCGUCCUCCGAGUCGGUCAAGGUGACGAACACGAAGCCGUUCCUUCAGCCCCCCAACGUAGACGUGGCUAAGGCUUUCGAGGCCGAAAAAAUAAACGGACAUCCAUACGAAGGAUACCACCUUCAAUCUCACAGUGGACAGGCCCUGAACGGAAGGACGGGAAACUACUUCAAUCAGAUUUACCAUCCCACGCCCUACAAAACGUAUUUCGAGAGGGAUCCGGCUUUUCUGAUACACGAGAGCCACGAGGUCAGUUACGUGAGACCUCGGGAGAAAUUUCCAUUUAAUUUCAGACAGCCUUUACCCUAUGAGAGUCUGUCGCCGCCCAAUAACUACAGCCCAACUACUCCUUCCGGCACGGAGACGAGCAAGUUCGUUCCUUAUCGGGUCAACAACGAUCCCAGCGGAGGUUUCGACAGGAAGCCCCUCGAGGACUCCAGAAAACACGCCAAUAAGUUGCCGCAGGUUCCACAAACCAACGGAAUACCCAGCAGUUACUAUUUCCCGGAGCAGCAAACGGUGACCACUCCUACUCCGAUUUGGUCGAAUCCCACGCCCAUGUAUACCACUGAGAUCAACGAAGUACUUCCCAGGAAGAACCCUCCGCCCAGGUUCAACCAGGAGCCAGAAAAUGCGAAUCGGAACGUCCACUAUCACCAGCCGGCUCCGGAAGUGGUGUACAUAAGGCCACCUCAGUACCAGAGUUCGGCGAGGCCCGUCAUCGUCCACCAGCAGAAACCACAGGAGGUGGAGUACGAAACCCCCGAGAGCAUCUCGCUGAAGCACUUCAACGAGCAGCAGUUUGCGCUGCAGCAACAGCUCCUGCAGCAAGACAGGCAGCGACUUCGGGAACAGGAGCUGCAGCAGCGCGAGAUAGAGCGCCAAGAAAAUGCGGAACUGCGCAAGGAGCAGGAGGCGAACGCUCGAGACAGGACCAAGCAAGUCGUUCAAGAAGAGGUCGUGCCGGAGGGGAUUUCGGGUUUCCACGAACCUCCCAAGCAGGAAGGGGUCGGGCAGAUCGAGCAUUACGUCGUCGAGGGACAGAAGAAGGUCCCGGAAGAACAGACGUACACCGUGCUGCCCCAGCAGCAACAAGUAGUUCACUUCCAGCUGUCGACGGUGCCGAGCACCAAGGUGGAAGAAAGUCCAAAUCCCUACGAGGAGCAGCUGAAGAAGCCUCAAGCGUUCGAGGAGGUAGCGACCGAUCUGCAGAGGAUCCCCGACCAACGGCCGCGAGAACCCAACCGGGCGCAAAAGCCAUUCAGGAACCAGAACAGGAGACGACGACCCAACGUCACCCCUCGUCCGACUUACGAGAUCUCCUCGUCGGAGACUCCCUCCCAGAACUUCGAAACCUACGAGACCGCUUCUCCGGAGCCCGAGGUUUCGACGUACGUCUCGACCUCGAGGCCGAGAUCUAGAAGACCCGACGCUCCUUUGAGGAGAAGGCGUCCGAUCGCGAGUACCGCCGAAGCCGAGACGGAGAGACCCGCGAUAAGCGACGAUGCGGUCGAAUACGAGAGACCGGCGACGAGCCAGGACCCGAUCCAGGACGAGAGACCGACUCCGGGUCGAGAUUCGGUAGCGCCCGAGAGGCCAGUGAUAAGCCAGGAUUUGUCAAAAUACGAGAGGCCGGUGACGAACCGGAGCGAAUCCUUGGCCUACGAGAAUCCUGGAACAGGCGGGGAAGAUUUCUCCAAGUACGAGGGACCGGGAUCGAGGGACGGGGACUCGAAGAAAUACGAGAGACCGCAAACGAGUCAGGGGGAUUCGAAGUACGAACGACCCGACGGGGACUACUCGAAAACGAGGCAGCGGCCGAGUCCGUCGACCGAUCCGGACUCGGAGCCGGAAAGAAGGCCGGUGAUCAGGAAACGACCCGGUCACAGGUUGAGGGUCCAGCCCGGAGAACCCUUCGAGGCGGAAAUCGUGACGGAGCCCGUCCAAGCGCCAAAGACGACGCAGCAGCAGAUAAUCGAAUGGGGGACGUAUUACGAGAGCAACAAGGAUCCGUCCCAGCAAUCGGAAGUCACUUCCGCGGAGCCUCGGGCCACGUUUCCUCCGAGGUUCGAGGAGGGCUCGACGGAAAGCGUCGGGGAACCGGAAGGGUCCUACCCUCAAAAGACUCGCUUCGAGGAGACCUAUGCGCAAAACGCUCCUCCCACGGAGAGCUUCCAGAACGGAAACGGGAACAUUCCUCUGGAGAACUUGUUUGGGAAACCCGAGAGGAACCACGUAGGAUACUACACCACGGCGAUUCCGGACGAGUCCUACGAUCCUCCAGUUACGACGACCACGGAGAUCGCGACCACGACUUCGGAGGCCACGUCGACCAAAAGGUCGCACCACCGAAUCCGACCGAUGCGAUUCGGGAACAGCACGAGGCCCAGGUUCAGCGUCAAGGACUACAAGAGCAGAAUGGAUUUCAAGAACAAGUUGUCCCAGAGUUCGACGACCGAGGCUCCUCAGGCGAGCACUCCGAGUAGCCACCGCGGUACGACUACCAGGCCUCAGGAGGCUCAGGAAGCUCCCAAAAGGGACAACGGCAGGUACAGGUACACCUCCAGGGGAUACGGCAGAACGUCCUCGACGACCGUGGGAUACGAGCAGGCGGAACCGGAGACCGGGACCGGCACCACGGAGAAGCCGAACGGGUUCGUCCCGAAGAGGAAGCCGAACAACGGGCACCUGUACCGAAGCAGGUUCACCACCAGCACGGCGAGUCCUAGAAAGCAAGAGAACGAGGUCUCCGUCAGGCUCGGCACGGCGAGACCCGAGAACGUGUUCUCCUCGUCGAUCAGGAAGCGGCCGCUGAGGAAGAGGGUCCAUCAGCAGAAGGAGUCGAAGAAGGAGGGAAGCACCGAAAUGGCCGCCGCCGAAAGCAGCUUUUAUCCUUCAACGACGGUCUUCCAUUUGCCCGCCACCGUCAACGAAAUCAUCGAGACCCCCGACGACGGCACCCGGGAGGCGUCGACCGACGUGGCCACCACCGAUACCCACGUCGCGGAACCGGACUCGGAGCAGCCCGAGCAAGACACGAAUCCCCCGGCUGUUGAAACUCCCACGACGGUUACCGACCUAUAUUCCGACGAGGAGCUCUUCGCGAAGGCCUCCCAGAGCGUCGCGGACCUGACGGUGUCGGCCUCCGCCCUGUACGACAAACCCGGGAUGUUCAAAGCGGUCUCGCCGGCGACGGAAACCAGAGGAGGCGCCAACCGCUUCCGCGUCAUCACGGACGAGCCCACGCUGCCGAUAGAAGCCUUCUUUCAAGAACUCUCCAAGAACGACUGA